ACAACAGAAAAGUAACUGGGGCAAUAUUUUAGGUCAGGGAGUAGAAAAAAAAACCCUCUCAAACUUCUUCUUUUACUCCUCUCACCACCGCAGACGGCAGCAAACAGCCUCCGCUAGACGAUCACCACCAGAUAUAGGAAUCAACAACUAUGUCAUCUUUACCUAGCAAUCCUUCUUCUACUGUGGAGAAAGAGAAAGAGAAAGAGAAAGAGAAAGAGAAAGAGAAAGAGAAAGAGAAAGAGAAAGAGAAAGAAGAGAAAGAGAAAGAGAAAGAAGAGAAAGAGAAAUCAAAAUCAAAGUCAAAAUCAAGUAAUCGUCUUACUAAGGAAGAACAAUUCCAAGCUAAAAAUCAAACUUUUCCACCAUUGGAGAGGAUGGAAAUAAAUCGUGGAUUUAUUAAUACAACCUCCCUAGUUGAGGUAUUUGAGGUCAGGAUCGACAAACUCAGUAACACAGAAAGACAUGGAGAACUGUACGGUAAGAUUGAAGUUUUUGACUCAGAGGGCUCUUUUACAUUGUACCAUAGGAAUCAGGGAAAUUCAGAGCAUAUACGUGAAAAUUACAGCAUAUCUUUAACAGGGGCCUCCUCGUUCUAUCUCUCUGGUCAUUGGUUUCUCCAUCAAUAUUGACAUUUGGUUUCGCGGGGAUUGGGAUGGAAAGGAUUUAAAUGAUAUUGCCCUCUGUCAAUGGCAAUUAUCAUGGGAUGCAAUGGAUCCUGAAGUUGCCCGCAUAACUAGAGGUCCGUUCUGGAAGAACUUUAGUGAUCCGACUGAUAUAUUGUCUGAUGAUGAAGCUCACUACAAACAUCUAUUAGCUGGAUAUGACCAACCUCUCUCUGCACAUUUUGAAGGUCCUGACGGGAGUUGUAUAACAAUGUAUUAUGCGAUUCUAUUACAUGCUGUUCAAGCUUGGGUUCAGGUUGAAGUUAUUGAUGUUAAUGUUGUACCUACUGCUGUUACAUACACAGUACAUGGGAAUAUAUUUGCUUCAUAUGGUCAUUUUGAGAGUGACAACGAUUCUGAUAUCAAGGAUUACUGUAAAACAACACUUUUGAAAACGGGAGAUCUUGAAUCAGUAAAGGUUGAGCGUUGGAGCAAAAUUAAACUAUCGAGAUCCAUAGUUGACACAUUAGGGGGGAUGAUGACAUUGCUAUUCGGGUAGUGGUUUGCUGGUCAUACGGAUCAGAGUAUCCACAUCCAAGUAGCUCCCCAUGUUAAUGUUAAAACCAUUUUUAGUGGAGUAGGGAGAACUGAGAAUGUAUUCUGAAAGAAACACAAACUGCAUGUAUUUAAUUAUGUUAUCUGAAUUAUUAUUAUCUA